AAUGAAACUUCCAUUAUCGCUCAAUGUAAUUCGCCGCUUGUCAUAUCAUAUUGUCUUUCCUUCAAAGCAAUCACCUAUGAGAUAUGUACCAGAUUUUAUUGAUAGGCCAGAUUAUACGAAAGAACAUGAAAGACUUGUAAUAAAAUCCCCAAAGCAGCAAAAUAAGAUGAGAGAUUCAUGCAAAUUGGCUAAAGAGGCGCUUGAUUUAGCAGCAUCUUUAGUUAAAGCAGGCACUACAACGGAUGAAAUAGACGCAAACGUUCACGAUUUUAUAAUAAAUCAUAACGCUUACCCAUCGCCUUUAGGCUAUAAAAAUUUUCCAAAGUCCAUAUGUACCUCAGUUAAUAAUAUUGCUUGUCAUGGAAUACCGGAUGAUCGUGAGCUAAUGGAAGGAGAUGUGAUAAAUGUAGAUGUCACAGUAUUUUUAAAUGGUUUUCAUGGAGAUUGCUCAAAGACAUUCAGUGUCGGCAAUUGUGAUAGCAAAGCAAUAAAAUUAAUAAAAACAGCCGAAGAAUGCAGAGAUGAAGGGAUUAAAGUGUGUGGACCAGGAGUUCCCUUAAAUAGAGUAGGAUCUAGAAUACAAGAAUAUGCUAAGAGACACAAUUUUGCUGUAUUGCCUCAAUUUUGUGGACAUGGAAUAGGAGAAGGCUUUCAUGAACUACCAGGUGUUCUUCAUACAAGAAACAAUAAUAAAUUACUAUUAGAGCCUGGCAUGACUUUUACAAUUGAGCCGGUUAUAACUGAAGGUGAAGUGGGAAUAUCCAUAGUAAAGGAGGACGGUUGGACAGCAGUUUCAGAUGAUGGUAGUAGAUCAGCUCAAUUUGAACAUACCAUUUUGAUUACCGAAUCAGGAUAUGAAAUUCUAACUGAAUAA